CUACAUAUCAAGUGAUCUACGGCCUGCCUACUCCACCUUUCAAAAUUGUAAAUCAAGUCAAAAUGCCUAUGUAUGCGUCAGUUAUUCGAAUUACCAAAUAUAAGAUAUGUGUCGAUCGAUGAACCAAUCAAAUCAGUCAAAAUGAGCAUAUAUAUACUCGGGAUCAGACUAGCCUGGAUUAGAAGCUUCUCAUUCUGCACCAAGCAAAUGGACUUCCAAUUAAACACAUUUGUGUGCCUCCAUCAAUUCAUCCACCCAUACAGAUAGCUUCCUGACUGGCUGGCUCGCUAUGAAUGACAACAAAGAGAACAAACCGAAACGGCGUUUGAAUGCGUUCCACUGCUUUGUGAAGAUCGCGAUAGCUGAAUACAAGAAGAAGCUUCCGGAGCAGGCGUUUCUACUGUGUGACGUAACAAAUAGGUGUGCACAACAAUGGAAUGUGAUGAAAGGAGAACAGAGGAAGCAAUUCGUAGAUAUUGCUGAUAAGUACAAAGAAUGACAUUCUCGAGAGACAAGUGAAUGUGUACCUGGACGUCGUGUGAAACAGGCGAGAAUUGGUGAAAGGUGUUGUUUAGAUCUUGUUCCAGGUCCUGUUAAACCACGACGUGCCUUUUACUAUUUCUGUCAUCAGUUUCGUCGCGAAGUGAGGGGGAGCCAUCCACAGUGGAAUCAUCGGGAAGUGAUUUCAGAGCUUCGAAGACGUUGGACGAUGUGUGAAGACAGAGAGAGGUAUUUUGUGCUAGUGAGGAAAGAUGAAGAGCGUUAUGCAGAAGUAAGUCACACGGUUUGUGUCUCUCAUACUUGAUGAAAUGAUUUGUGUUCCUAUGUGAUUCUGUUUCCACUCUCAUUCUGGACACUUUAUUUUAGGAGAUGAAGGCAUAUGAAGAAUGCAGACGAUAUGUGUCAUCUAGAAUGGCGUUUUCGGACCCUAUUUCAAAUUCCACGUGUGCUGAGGCUAGUGAAACACAAGUUCCAUGUGGUAGCAAGACGACAAGUGUUGUUGGAAGCAGCAGCGGUGGCGGUGAUGAUGAUGAGAAGUGCAGGAGUGAAAUGAUGCGCAAGUCAACGAUACUCGAGGAAUCUAAGAAGUGUAACGAGGUAGUGAAUAAUAAUGAGAAGGGAAAGCUUCCAUUCUCUGUGGAAUUCCUCAUAUAGCUUUGUGAAUCGAGUUUCUGCAGAGGUUGGCGUUACUUCUAUGGUGUUGUCUACACUCCCUCACGUAAUUCUUCUGCUCCUUAUCGCUAUUAUUAUUAUUAUUAUCAAUACUGUG